GCGUUCGUGCGUCGUGGGUGUGUCGAUAAAUUCCGGAUAAUGUGAAAAACUUCUUUUCUUAAAUUAAAAUUGGAUCUUAAACGUUUUCGGUAAAUUCUUUUUUGUUUUCAAAGGGCAAAUAAAUAUUGCGAAAAGACUGAAUAUAAUACAUAUUAGACAAAGUAAUAAUUCCAAUUGAAGAUACAAUAUUUUCUAAACUACAUGAAUACAUACUGAAAAAUUGUUUAUAAAGGAGAAGGGGCGUUAGAUAAAAAAUAAUAAUCAUUUACCAAGGCUGUUUGUUGUUGGUUAACAAAAUUUCGUAAUAUUACAAAAAAAAAAUACAUAUAUUAAUAAAAAUUUUAUCCAUACGAAUUUUACAACACAAAAAAGAUCAAAAUAAUUAUUGUUUAAAGUGAAAGUGUUAAAAAUUUAUAAAAAAAAUCUAAACUACUUAGAAAAAAUAUUCGCUAACAUUCAAAUUAAGUCUCGAGCUUAUAUGUCAAGUAAUUAAAAGUUUAUAUUGACCUUAAAAGCAGGUGAAGAUAUUUUAUUAAAUAAACCAAAACAGAAAUAACACAAAAACAAAAUGAGUGGAUACACAGAUUUAACAAAACUAGAAAAUACUCGAAACUGUUUGAGACGUAUUGCCCGCCAUGAUGAACUGCAAUUUUCGAAGGACAGCAUUGUCAACGUCAUGGAGAAAUUUGUUAAAACAGUUAAUGUUAUGGAUGAAACUAUAUUAGUUCCAUGCAGGCUCAUGGAUAGACAGGUGGGUGAUAGUACAGAUAUUAUACCAACUCCUGGUAAAGAUGUGACCUCCAAUCAACAUACGUUUAUUCCCAACGCUAAUGGCAAACGUAAUCCUGUUAAAUCCAAAAAUGUACACGAGUUUCUUAAUUCAUCGGAACUCUUUAAUUUGUACAGCAUGUUAAAUGCUCUGAAGAACGAUCUUCUCUGGACUGGUAAAGAUGAUUCAGAAGAUUUGGAUGAACAGCAAAUCUCAAUGGAAAAUCAAGAAGUUAAGACUGAAAACAUUUCCACAAACACCACCACCACUACUCCUUCGACAAACAACAGUAUAGCCAAAGGGCACACAAGACGUCCGUCGACCGCCUCAAUGGCUUCAAUUGCAUCAGUGAGUCAAAUGAGUGAUUCCGAAAGCGAUAUCUCACAAGAAAACGAUUCCGGCGUUGAAUCGGAAUGCAACAAAAAUGGCAGCGGCUCAGAUUCGACUAGCAGCAGCAGUGAAGACGGUCACAUGCAAACUAAAAAAAUAAAUAAUGCUGACAAAGCCACUGAACUCGCUAAGCGUUGCAGAAGACAUCUGAAUGGUUUAUAUCAGUGUCUUGAACAAAUGACAGAAGCAGCCAAUUAUCUGACUGCUCGAUACCAAAACGAUAUUGGUGGUCCAGCAUAGAACUAAAUUUUUAGUCAACUAAUGUAUGUGUACUAAAUAACUGUAAAAUAUCAGUGGGGUCAUGGGAUUUUUAUUACUCGCCUGAGGGUUAAUGGUACUAGCUUAUUGUAUUUUUAGUAGGUUAUUGUAACUAUUAAAAGCAAAAUAUAAUAAGCCUGUUAAUGUAUAAAAAGAAAGUAUGCUAAAAAUAUAAACAUGGAUAUUAUUCUUUAGAGUUAAAACCAUUAUUAUUAUUAUUUUAUUAUUUUAGUUAGUUAAAAAUAGGUUCGAUGUUAAAACUAAAAAUAUACAAAAAUUAAAAAAAAAAAACAGCAAAACUAAAAAAUCUACAACAAAAUGCUUUAUGAAAAACUAAAUAAAAAACCAUAUACACAAAAAAACUCACUUCAUAGUUAUCUAAAUUGUUUAAAAUCACAAAAACCUAAAUUGUAGUGAAUCUUAAAAAUACAACAGCUAGCCAGCCAGCCACAAUAAACCCAAAACAACUUAACAAGUCAACUUGAUUUAACGAAAAAGAAACCAAUACGCAUGAAAUGGCACAAAUUAACACGAUUUUCAAAUUUCUAACAAAAGACAAAUGUUGCGAAAAUUAUGAAAGCUCCAAAUAAAAUAUACAUAGUAGUAGAAAAUAUUACAAUAUAAUAUAUAUAUGUAGUUAAAAAUGUUAAAACAUGGUAAAUGAAUUAACGAAAAAGCUCACAAAGUGAGAGAUGAAAUCUGUGAAAGCUCUUCUAACUAAUAUUUAUAUCUGUAAAUGUAUGUUACUUAACACACAUUUAUAAAGUAAAUAACAUUUUCAUACAUAUUAAAUAGUCGUUACUGUUGUAAAACUAAUCCUAUUACAAUCUCACAAAUUCAAUGUAUGAUGAGCAUUAGAAAUUAUGGGAGAAAAAUUCAAAAUUUACAGACACAUUCCCUACUUUAUUUUUUUAUAUUAUAUUUGAAUGUAAAUGUUGAUUUGGUUGGCUUUGGGUGGCUCUGAGCGUUUGGCUAACAUAAAUCUAUUUCUUCAUUUUAUAUGAAUGUUGUUCACACAAUUUUGGUAUUUUUAGAGUUGACUCAAGUAAUAAUGGAAAUCAAAGAACACUUGUUAAAAAAAAAAAUAAGUUGCUUAGCAAAUUAUAAAGAAAUUAUUUAUAAUUUAAGUAAUGUGUCAUUAUUAUCAUUCUAUGUUAUUGAUGGUUUGAAGAAAAACAAAUAUUUAUAUAUUUUUGUUUAAUUGCUAACAAAAAAAAUGUGAUAAUGGCCCUCUAAAUCUAUUACACACCUUUUUGUAUUGUUAAAUUUAUGUAUGUAUACAGAUAUUGUUCUUUUUAUAUUUUUUAUCUAUUUAGUGUAUUUUGUCUAUUUAGUCAUCAAUGAUUAAUAUUAUUUUUUAAUCUAGUUAAAAAUAAUGUUUUUGUAUUACAAAAACGUUUAUUCUUUUCCGAAAAAGAAAUCAAAUUUCUUUUUCAUUGUAAUUUUUUUAAAAAAAAUAUCCACCUUUCGAACAAUUUUCAAUUUCACUUUUUUUAAUUGGCUUUAAAAACAUUUUGUUUACUGUACAGAUUUAUAAAAAGUCCUAAUAAAGAAUAAUCAGAAAAACUAAGUUAUACUUUGAUGUAAAUGAACCAUGUGUAUACAAAUAUAUAAAAUAAAAAUGUAUUAUUGUAGAAAAAAAAGUUAAAUCAAACAUAUUUGAUUAUAAAAGUCUUACAAAACAAAGCUCUUAUCGACAUACAUAUGUACAAUUCCUUUUCCAAAAAAAAAUAUAUACAUAAAAUAAAGAAAUAACAAUUUAAAUAUUUAAAACCAACAAA